AUGGUUGAAAAUAUGGAAGGUAUAGAUACAGAUUUGUAUUCUAGACAAAUCGGAACCUUUGGGUUUGAAAUGAUGGGCAAAAUCCAAAAGCUCAAUGUGCUAAUUAUCGGCAUAAAGGCUUCGGGGAUUGAAAUAGCAAAAAAUUUGGCUCUUAUGGGCGUAGAAUCGAUUUGCGUCUACGACAAUGAUCCAGUUCAAGUUAAAGAUCUUGGAGUAAACUUUUUCGCUCGCGAGUCAGAUUUAGGCAAACCGUCAAGCGCUGCUUGCUUACCACACCUUAGAGACUUGAACAGGAAUGUUACCAUUCGGAGCUACACAGGGGAUAUCACAGAAGAUUUGAUACUAGAGUACGAUGUUGUAGUUUGCUGCGAUCAAUCAUUUGAUCUUCUCAAGGCUGUAAAUGAAAAGUGUAGAGCAAACAAAAAGAAUAAACGUGUAGGAUUUAUUUCUGCAGAUACUUUUGGUAUGGUUGGCGCAAUUUUUGUUGAUUUUGGACCAAGUUUCACAUGUGUUGACCCAAGUGGUAGAGAAUUAAAAACAGCAAUAGUAGAAGGUAUUACAAACGCAAAGGAGGGUUCUGUUCAUGUACAUAUUGAUAAAGUUAUGGAUUUUCAAACAGGAGAUUACGUUAGAUUCUCCGAAGUUGAGGGAAUGGUUGAAUUGAACAGUGCCGACCCUGUUCCUAUCAAGGUUGUUUCCAAGGAUUCUUUCCUUGUUGGGGAUACCAGAGAAUUCUCACAAUAUACAAGCGGCGGUAUUGUAACUGAAGUGAGGAUGCCAAAGAAGAUUGAUUUUCGUUCUUUCAACGACUGUAUUUUAGAUCCAUCAAAGACCGGUUUGAUGACAAUGGACUAUAGUCUGUUCGGUCGAGCUGAGCAGUUGCACUGGAUUUCCAUGGCCUAUAGAAUGGGUGGAGAUGUACUUGGGGGCUGCAAGGAUUUGAACUCAAGAGGGGUAUCCUGCACUGUAGAGGCUAUUGAUGAAAAAGUUAUGGGUACUUUUGUCAAGCAGGCGCAUUUGAGAGUACCUCCACUGGCUUCGUUUGUUGGAGGGGUUGUAGCUCAUGAGGUGAUAAAGUUCACUGGAAAGUACCAUCCAAUUGAACAGUGGUUAUAUUGUGACUUUACGCUUCCACCAGAAUUUUCUGGUGAUGGCACAGGAGCUGGUUCCAGGUAUGCAGAUCAAAUUGCAAUUUGGGGACAAGAAGUACAAAAUAAACUUCAAAAUGCAAAAAUAUUCAUUGUAGGUUCAGGGGCACUGGGUUGUGAAUUCAUGAAAAACUUUGCACUGCUUGGUUGUGGAACCCAAAAGGAAGGAUCGAUUACGAUUACUGAUAAUGAUCGCAUUGAAAUGUCUAAUAUAAGCAGACAGUUCCUCUUUCGAUCUAGGCAUAUUGGAAUGUCAAAGUCCAAAGUUGCAUCAGAUGCUGCUGUUGAUAUAAAUCCAAAUUGUAAAAUAAAUCCAUUGGAAGUACGCGUUGGUGAAGAAUCCGAGGAUAUCUUUGAUGAGCAGUUUUGGUCUUCUCUGACUAUUGUAGUUAAUGCUUUGGAUAAUAUACAAGCUCGUCAGUAUGUUGAUGGAAGAUGUGUGUGGUAUGAGAAACCAUUGAUAGAGUCUGGUACUCUUGGAACAUUGGGAAACGUUCAAGUUGUAAUUCCGCAUCUAACUCAAUGUUAUAGCGAAACUCAAGAUCCUCCAGAGACUUCCAUUCCACUUUGUACUCUCAAACAUUUCCCGUAUCAGGUCGAACACACAAUAGAAUGGGCACGUGAUGUGUUUGAAGGAUUGUUCACACAAAUCCCACAGGACUUGAAAAAGAUUUGCAACAAUGAAGAUGACAUUCAUGAUAUACCGGCUGAGCGUUUGAAGCUGAUCCUUAAUUUACUAACACUUGACAAAGCACAUGUAAAGGAAGGAUUGUUAAAGAUUUCCGCAGAGUUAUUCAAUCAGUACUUUGUGAAUGACAUUCAGCAACUUUUGUAUUCAUUUCCAAAAGAUCAUGUAACAUCUGAGGGUCAAAAGUUUUGGAGCCCUCCAAAAAGAGUACCUUCACCAUUGACUUUUAGUCUUGAAGAUAAGGUGGUUUCCACCUUUAUUAUAGCAGCAUCACAAGUGUUUUCGCAAAUGCUGGGAUUAACCAUUGAGGUGUUCCCCUCCGAUUUGACAUGUCUCGGGGAUCUUGUUUUCCCGGAAUUUGCUCCUCGAGUGAUAAAGUUGUCACAAGAUAACUUAAACCUGGAGAUUGAAAAGGUUUCUGUGGACACAUCUCUUUUGAAUACCAUAAGAUCUCAUCAAAAAACAUCACUCUCACUUGUCCAAUUUGAAAAGGAUGAUGAUACAAACUUCCAUGUAGAUUUUAUUUGGGCUGCCGCAGUUCUUCGGUGUAGAAACUACUCAAUCCAGGAAUGUGAUAAGAUGAAGGCUAAGCUAAUUUCUGGCAAAAUCAUUCCAGCGAUUGCUACAACUACUGCAAUGAUUGGCGGUUUGGUAACUCUGGAGUUUAUAAAAGCCAUCAUGUACAAAUCACUAAAGAUUGACCACUUUAGGAAUGCAUUUUGUUGCCUUGCAACACCAAUAUUUUUGCAAUCUGAGCCACUUCCACCUAACCAAACAAAGGACAAGGAUUAUGAUCCUGUGACUGGCGGUCCUGUUAGGGCGCUUCCUGAGAACUUUACAGUGUGGAAUAAACUCGUUGUUCUCAUUCCAAAUGGAACAGUAAAGCAGUUGAUUGACUGGAUAAGAAGUAGGUUCAAUAUAGAAGUGAUUAUACUUUCUGCUGGAAACUUGUGCAUAUACAAUUCGUUUUUGCCUGCACACAAAGCGAGCAGAUUAACGCAGCCGAUAACACAGCUUGUUGAGACCCUGGGCAAGAAACCUUUGGACCCCAAAUCUUCACACUUGGUAAUUGAUGCAAGCUGCACAGAUCAGGAUGAUGUCGAUGUAGUAAUUCCAACCAUCAAGUUUGAAUUUAGAUGA